CGCCGCUUUUUGGUUCCGACCGCGUCGACCUCCCUGCAGCCCGCUCCGCGGCUUUGGGAUCUCGGGGGCCGGGCGAGAAGUGGCUCUCUUCCAGAGUCUCGAUGGACUUGCGAUGGAGCGUCAUCGUCUGAACGCUGCGGAGCCGACGGGGGCUCCUGCCGCUGGUGCAGAGAGGCCGGCUUCUGCUCCUCUUCUUUUCCUGCAGGAUCAGGGGCUUGGCGAACGUUGGGGAGCAGCAGCGAUGGGCAGUCGGCACCUCGGAGAAGGGAUAUUCCACGACCCUUUCGCGUCGCCUUAGCGGCGGCGCUUCUCACGCCACCUCGGCCACUUCCUCGCUCGGCACCCCGAGACCCCUCAUCCGUGCGGCGGGGGUAGCCAAGCUUCGCCGAGCGAGCAGGAGUUGAUGGUCCUGGACUUCCCCUCAAUGCACUUACUCAGGAAUCGGGGGCUCCGCGACCUCUGAAAGUUUGCCCGCUCCCCCGACUCUGUCUCCGGACCUCGCCGGCCGCUUGGCUGCUGAGCGGAAAGUCCCCGGCUGCGCGGAAGGACGGAGGAACGCUAAGUCCUCGCCUGGGAUGAUGCAUUGACUUGGUGCAGAGGAGUCGCCUUGGAUCGAUGCUUUUCUAGGGAAACCACUGGAGCGAUGGGAGGUAGGAAGGACGGGAAGUUCUCCUGAGCCCCGACGUGCAGGCAAGUGAGCAGGAGCAGGAAGGCGGCCGUCCAGUGACGCCGGCGGGAUGCCCUUCUUGCUGGGAGGAAAGUGCUGGGACAUCCAGACCCACCUCCACGAAUUCGCUGUUGGAAGCGUUUGCCUGUGAUGUGCCCCUGUUGGCAGGGCUGGUUUCCAGUCCUGACUCCAGCUUGGCAACAUGAAGGUGUUCCGCAGGAAGGCUCUGGUGCUCUGCUUGGGCUAUGUGCUGCUGCUGCUGCUUACUAUGCUCAACUUGUUGGACUACAAGUGGCACAAGGGGCCACAGCAGUGUAGUGGCCCUUCGCCUGCCCGGCGCACUCCCUAUCCACAGCAGCUGCCUUAUUAUGCCUCUCAGUCCAGGUCAGACACGCGGGCCCUCUAUGGGCCUUCUGUGCCCCUUGCCCGCAAGCGGCAGCUGGUCUAUGUUUUCACCACUUGGCGUUCAGGCUCGUCCUUCUUUGGGGAGCUCUUCAACCAGAACCCAGAGGUCUUCUUUCUUUAUGAGCCUGUGUGGCAUGUGUGGCAGAAGUUGUACCCAGGAGAUGCUGUUUCCCUGCAAGGUGCAGCUCGCGACAUGUUGAGCUCCCUCUACCGCUGUGACCUCUCUGUCUUCCAGCUCUACAGCACUGCAGGAGCAGGGAAGAAUCUCACCACCUUGGGUAUCUUUGGUGCAGCCACCAACAAGGUAAUCUGCUCCUCACCCCUCUGCCCAGCAUACCACAAGCAAACUGUGGGCAUGGUGGAUGACAAGUUGUGCAAGAAGUGCCCACCACGUCAGCUCAGUCUUUUGCAGGAGGAGUGCCUCAGGUACCACACUCUAGUCAUCAAAGGUGUACGGGUCUUUGACAUUGCAGUUUUAGCACCACUCAUCCAAGACCCGUUCCUGGCUCUCAAAGUUAUCCACCUGGUCAGGGACCCCCGGGCUGUGGCUAGUUCCAGGAUCAAAUCCCGUCAUGGGCUCAUCCGUGAGAGCUUACAGGUGGUGAGGAGCAGGGACCCCCGCAUCCAUCGAGUGCCAUUCCUGGAUGCAGGCCACAAGCUGAACAGCAAGAAGGAAGGGGGAGGUGGCUCAGACUACCAUGCCUUAGGAGCUAUGGAAGUGAUCUGUGGCAGCAUGGCAAAGACUUUGCAAACGGCUUUGCACCCACCUGAGUGGCUGAAGGGGAAUUAUAUGGCUGUCCGGUAUGAGGACCUGGUUGUGGACCCCAUCAAGACUUUACGGCAGGUCUAUGGAUUUGUCAACUUAGUGGUGAGCCCAGAGAUGGAAAAGUUUGCCCUCAAUAUGACGAGUGGACCUGGAUACUCUUCCAAACCUUUUGUGGUCUCUGCCAGAAAUGCUAGCCAGGCAGUUAAUGCCUGGAGGACCGCAUUGAGCUUUCAUCAGAUUAAGCAAGUGGAAGAGUUUUGCCACCAGCCCAUGGCCAUCCUAGGCUAUGAGAAAGCCAGUAGCCCAGAAGAAGUAAAGGACCUUAGCAAAACCUUGCUCAGGAAGCCAAGACUGUGAAAAGGAUGUGUGCCUUUCGACAGAUAGGGACCUACAGAGAGAGCCAUCUACAACCUUCCAGUUACAUUGGCGUAAGAGAGGAAGAAUGCAAAAUACAGCUUUUUCUUAAAGACAUGUUGUUCAUUUGCUUCUCCAGAGGCUACUGAAAAUUACACACAUGGACAUUUUUGCAUUGCUUAGCUAUUAUAAUUUAAACACACACAGUGACUUUAGUAAGUAUUUGUAAAGACUUUUUUUCCCUCCAGAAGUUCAAGGCACAUGAUUUAGUAUGUACCAGAAUCUUUACAUACUUCUUGUUGUGAUAGUAAUCAUGAGGGCUUUGCACAUUUGUGGUAGGGUUGAGUGGCAUCUGAGGUAAGGAACUAAUCUGAAAAGCAAGAUUCAGAGGACUGAACUUUUGUAUAAAUGUUUAAAUGUAAUGAAGAAAUCAAUAAAAGAUGCUCAUUUUACAGUGA